UUAUCAAAAUUAUUGUCAUCGAUCAUUGAUCAAAAGAGAAGUUAAUUAGUAACAAAUGGCUGAUUUGAAGAUGAAUAUCUCUUGUUUCUUCUUCAUUCAAGUACUAUUGUUGUUGUUGCUCUCUUCCUUUCCUCCAACCAAUGCUCAAGGGUUGAAAGUUGGGUUCUACGACAAGACAUGCCCCAAAGCCGAGGCUAUUGUUAAGAAGUCCGUCUCCGAUGCCAUGAAGAAUGACCCGACAAUUGGAGCUCCUUUGCUCAGAAUGUUCUUCCACGACUGUUUCGUUCGGGGUUGUGAUGGGUCGGUCUUGCUAGAGCUAAAGAACAAAAAGGACGAGAAGAAUGCGCCUCCUAACCUCAGCCUUCGAGGGUUUGAGGUCAUAGAUAAUGUCAAGGCAGCUGUAGAAAAAGAGUGUCCAGGAGUUGUUUCUUGCUCUGAUGUCUUGGCCCUUGUAGCUAGAGACGCAGUUGUUGAGCUCGAUGGACUGUCGUGGGGAGUUGAAACGGGAAGAAAAGACGGUAGGGUUACAAACAUCAAUGAGGCCAGAUCGAACUUACCAUCACCUUUGGAUAAUAUCACUAGCCUUAUCACCCAGUUUAGUUCUAAAGGUCUCGACAAGAAAGACCUCGCCGUACUCUCAGGUGGACACACGGUUGGACAGGGACACUGUCCUCUAAUCCUAAACCGGCUCUACAAUUUCACCGGGAAAGGAGACAGCGACCCGGACUUAGACACGGAAUACGCAGCCACCCUCAGAAAAAAGUGCAAGCCCACGGAUACCACGACGGCUCUAGAAAUGGAUCCAGGAAGCUUCAAAACAUUCGAUGAAAGCUACUUCAAGCUUGUGUCACAAAGAAGAGGGUUCUUUCAAUCUGAUGCAGCUCUUUUAAACAACCAAGAUACUAAGUCUUACGUUGUCAAGCAAAUGAACAGCCAGAGAUCUACUUUCUCUAAGGAUUUUGGUGUCUCUAUGGUGAAGAUGGGUCGGAUUGGAGUUUUAACUGGUAAGGCCGGGGAAGUUCGGAAGAAGUGCAGAAUGGUUAACUAAGUAUAGAUCUUCUUGUGCGAUCGUGAUUAUUUGCAUUGUGAUUGUUUGUGUAUUUUCUUUUGAAGAAUUAUGAGUGAAAUAACGUAUCAAUUGU